AUGGCACUCCACAGACUCGGCAUUCUUUGGGUCGAUGAAAAGGACGAGAUGGACAAUGCGCGGCAGCACUACGUGCAGCGGUAUGUUUACCGAGCCUUACGUUCAGAUGAGGACGUCAUGGCAGGGCUGAGGGCACGGGAUCCUGCUGCCAACCGCACUAUCGCGCAGGCCUUGCAAGAAGGGGCACUUGCGAAUCAGUUCUUGCACACGACAGUGUCACCAGAAGUGGCGCUCUACUACGCCGAAGCAGUUUCCAAGAACUCGAAGCAGCAAGUUGUGGAGAUCGACCUGGAAUACUUCGAUGGUGAAGUUAUUGAUGUGUCAGACCCACAUGGUUGCAAGUGCCAUGACAUCUCUCCUGGCAGCAAGGCCUCUAAUUUUGCUGUCAAGCACGGAGUUGUGAUGCUCAAGGGCUACAUCCAGCCCUCGCGGCUCGGUAAAGUCUUGAGCACCGCGGCUCUUCGUCUGGACGCGACCGCUCAGCGGUCCUUGGAGGGGUUCCUUUCAGCGCUGCCAGAAAGGGUGCGAAGCAAAGUUAAAACCUACUGGAGAACAGACCCCGCCCGUACGAGAUGCCGAAAACCUUCGGAGCAAGAACCUUCAGAGCAAGUGUGCCGCGACGAUGCUGCCCAGAGACUGGUUUUGAAGAGGGCAUCUGAGAAGCUGUUGCAGGAAAUAAUGGAACUCGAGGCAAGACGGGCUCUUAUCGAUGCACAGCUCCAGCAGAUUCAAGAGAGGGAGGACAGAGAAGCCCGUUUGAAAGAAGAAGCACGAGUGCUAAAGCUUGAGGAGGAACGGCGGGAACGAGAGCGGCAAGAGGAGAUCAAGAAGCGCAAGCAGGAGAAAGAACGUGCAAAAAAGAAACAUCAGGCGGAGGAUACAAGAGGGCCGAGAGUUUGGGCAGCGCUGUCUUCGAAUCAGAAACAUCUGUCUGAGACCUUUGACAGAGAAGCACUGCAUGUCGCUCUUGGUAACGACAGCUACAUUACUCUCUGGGACUUUGCCAAGGGCCAUGCUUGGUGCAACAUCCCGAAAUCACUGGAAAACAAGCUCAAUGGCCGGGGCUAUCAUCAGUCGCAUGCAACAAUGGUUGCGCUCAGCCCGGAUUCUGAGGCUUAUUAUGUGAAGUUUAGCGAUGGUACUGCGCAAUGGUCUGGUCCUGGCAGCUUCAUGGAGGCUGUGGCAGAUUACGGGAUUCUGUCAGUUGUCGCAUUCGGCGAGAGCGGCUCAUGGUUUGCGGCGUGGCCCGACGGUAGCUGGCAAACUCACGGCCUGCCAAGAAGUCUGAGCAACAUGUUGGACUCAAACAGACACCGUUCUAUUGCCCUACUCAGUAUCUCCGGCACGGGCUACUUGCAAGAUGUCGAUGAGGCAGCAUGGUUUAUCCACUGGGGAGACAAUCAACAUCCCGCUUGGAAGCUGACGAACGCACCCUCGGCACUUUCAGAAAAAGUAAACGACGUUCAGGAGCAAUGGGGCACCGUGAGGAGUAUCGAGUUCGGAAGUUACGGAGAAUGGGUCCUCCGCUGGACGCCCUGGACCUAA